UGAAUAUUUGUGCAUUCUUGUUCAUCCGAUUCCUUAUUAACCUACCCACGCCCAACCGUAGUGCGUGACUUGUGUGAUUUGCAUCUUUCCCCCUCACCUGAAUUUAAUCCCGCAAAGCUGAGCUUCGAUCGUCUUUAUUUUUAAAUAUCUUGGCGUAUCGUACAUUCAGAUCAAAAGAGAGCAGUUCAUGCUAAUAAACGAUGGGUGAUUAGCUUGAGAAGGCUAAUACAUGUGUGUAACAGGGAUGACAAUUGUUUGGAGAGACAUGCGAGGCUGUGCGUUUUGUUGAAGCAAGAAGGCUAAUGACAAUUUUCAUGUGACUGACUUUUUGGACUCGAAAUUGACCCGCUUUUUCUCUCGGAGAUGUCGUUGGGUCCGAGUGCAACGACUUCUGUGUCUAUCCCGCCCACGCCAAGCGAGCUUUUCUUGCUUAACCUCCCUUUUAUAUGCCCAUCACUGAGCAAAACACCUCCGAGGAUAAACAGCCAUUGCUGGCCUCUGAAGAAGCUCACGAAGAUGCCUCCACGACCCAGUUCGCUGCACCUCCCGUAACUGCCGUAUCCGCCGUAUCCACCGAUCAAGCGACCGCGGAACUUCGAGCCGAAGACGCUACCACCAUCUUUGAGGCGGCUCAACGAGGAUCGUUUCAGACCAUCCGUUACUUGCUUGAUAACAAAUUAGCCUCUGUCAACGAUGUCGAUGCGGGCGGGAUCACCCCUUUGCACUACGCUACGUUGGCCCAUAACGAUGUCUGUGUAAAAUAUCUCAUUGAUCGAGGCGCCACAGUGGAUGCGCCCGGAGGAGACCUGAAAGCAACCCCGCUUCACUGGGCCGCAAGACAGGGCCGACUAGCUUCCGUUCAUCGACUGAUUAAAGAAGGCGCUAAUCCGACAUUGAAAGAUGCGCAAGGAUUCAAUGUACUUCAUUUGGCAGUGCAUUCGUCUCAAGCUUUGUUGGUGCUGUAUCUUCUGUAUCUCGGCAUGGAAAUCGACGCUGCCGAUGAUGUCGGUGGCCAUACCCCACUCAUGUGGGCUGCUUACCAAGGACACGCCAUUACUUGCGAUUUAUUACUGCGUUUUGGCGCCAGCGUGCAAGUCACGGAUCAUUCCCAACUCACACCUCUGCAUUGGGCCGUCGUCAAAGGGAAUAAAAUGUGCGUUCGAAAACUACUCGAGCACGGCGCGGAUCCUCAUGCCCGCGAUCAGUCGGGCAAGUCCGUCAUGGAUUUUGUCCAUGAAAAGAAACUCGAACGCGUAUGGGAUCGGGCCGUCCUGGAAUUCGAUGUCAUGGCCGAAGAUAAACCACAACUAGCCUCGCGGAUCGGACAAUACCCUGGAUCCAAGGGGCAUCACCUCUCCAAGCGCAAACUAAAUACCAUUAUCUAUUUUGCUCCUUUUGUCAUGCUAUUCAUGGCCUUAAAGACGUUGUCGCUGUUUCCAUGGUACGCUGGUCUGCCAUUGGCUGUGUUUGAAUUCAUGGCCAUCCAUAUCAUGAUUGUCAAAUACCUUAUACCUGUGCCGAGCAACGAUGCUUUAUGGAAAACUCCUUACUUCUCUGCCAUAUUUCAAUCGUCCGCUUUUUGGGUCCUUUUGACUUGGGCGUUUGUCGUUUUACCUGCAACCAUGCCGCUUCUCAACAUUUUAUUCAUGAUUUCCUUCUUUGUCGCCAUGUACGCUUUCUAUCGAGCCGUGAUGAUGGAUCCUGGAUUUGUGAAGAAGGACUUGCCACGAGACCAGCAACAGCAGUCGGUCUUUGAAUUAGCCGAAGCCAAUACCCUCGAUAUUCGCCACUUCUGUGUAACUUGCCUGAUCAAGAAGCCAUUGCGUUCCAAGCACUGCAAGAUAUGCAACCGAUGUGUAGCUCGCUUUGACCAUCAUUGUCCAUGGAUUUUCAACUGUAUUGGUUUUCGUAAUCACCGUUUAUUCAUGGUCUUCCUUCUCAAUAUGGUGGUCGCUAUUAUUACUUUUGUGUUUCUGGUAAUGGAAUAUUUAUCAAACACAGCUCCUAUCACGGAAGUGCAAUCGGAAGAUGGGUGUUUCCUCGGAUCCACACUUUGCAGUUACUUUGCGUUUGAUACGUGGACAUUGGCGCUCACCAUCUGGACGUCUUUCCAGUUAUCAUGGUCCCUCGUUUUGCUUGUUGUUCAAUGUUAUCAGAUUGCAGUUGCUACCACCACGAAUGAAAGUGCCAACGCUCAUCGAUAUGGGUACAUGAACGGCCAACCUGCUGAUGGUCCAAGCAUGGUAGCCAACUUGGCAGCGGGAGCCGCCGGUGGAGUAGCCGGCGUGGAUGGACCUGAUCUGAAUCCGAACGGUGGGCCUGCAGUACACAGCCAUGGUCAUCGACACGCUCACGGCCAUGGCCACGCUGGCGGGUUCUGUCCUUGUAUGCAAUUAUUCGCUGGAGCCCGAAGUCUUCACAAACAACGCACCCGACGACGUAACGCCGGUCAGCUUGGAGGAAAUGCUUUUGAUCAAGGAUGUUGGACCAAUUGCGUCGAAUUUUGGUCCGACUCCCACGACGGACGGUCCGGUAAUGUGAAUUGGUACGAAUUAUACGAUGUCGGACAAAUCUACAGCAAAUACCCGCCGUUAUCAACGAAUCGUUGUUGUCAAGAAGAAGUUUAGCGUGAUUUUCAGGCAUUCUUCAUGUUCGAUAACACGGACAACCUAGCCUCUUUCACAAAAACAAAAAAGGUAUUCAUUGCAACCAUCUGCAUAUUUUUUCAAUUAGUCUUUGUACAGUUUAUUCCAAGUUACCCUGCCUUUAAUGAUAAAAAAAAAAACUUAUCCAACUAGACUAUAAUGUUGGAGUAUCAUGUUGGUAAUCUCUCGGAUACAUGGUGGCCUAUCCUCUCUCUUUUUUUUAUUUUUUUAUUUGGCUUGCUGCUGCUGUUUUCCAAAAAAAAAAAGGGGGGGG